AUGGAACUGUUGUGUGGAUUCACCACGGUAUCGUGUUGGCAGUACUUUACCCCUUUAAAGGACAUCGUUUUGGACAACUCAAAGUUGGAACCUCAACACUUACACAGUGACUACUACUUCGGGGAUUGCAAGAGACCGAGCCAGAUUUUCUAUGCACAUGUCCAUCUUGAUCAUAUGGAAGUUUUGGGAAAAAUUAUCAUAAGGGGUUGGUUGGACUUGAAACGGAUACCGACGUGUAUUAUACUAAGGAGUACAGCAUACGCUUACGACUUGCUCAGAAGUACAACAUACAACUUCCAGUUUUGCGUACCACGUAUCACUUAUUGUCACACACACAAACGUCACAAAUAUUAUUAUUACGAAUGGUAUUUACCAAUGGACGUUGUUGGUGGUAUGAAUUGGGAUAUUUAUUUCUAUGGACCUCCAAACGUUGAGUGGCAGUAAUAAUAAAAAAAAAACUCUUAGUAUUUUAAGGAUGCCCAACUUUUUACCAUGACUAAAGGAAUAUUAUGCUGGUUGUGGAACAGAGAUGCUGCUACACUGUGUAUAGCGCUGUCCUGCUUCAACAAUAAUAAUUAUUUGACAUUAAGACGUGGUGACCCUCAG